UAGUGAUUGGAGGAGUGCAACAAAAACAAAGGGAAAAUAGGGUGAAAAAGCGAAUGAGAAACAGAGGCUCUGAUAGAGGAAGAGGAGGAAGAGAGAGAGACUCACAGCAGUUUUGAGUAAAGAUAACAAAGAAAAGCGGCGAGGUUUGAUCACUAAGCGUUUCAAAGACAAAAACGAACACACAACCCACAACCCACAUAUCAAUCACAUCAUCACUCCUACCUGUUAAUUUUAUUUAUUUAUUUUUCCAAUUAUUCUGGAGAAAAAGUGAGGCCAAAGUUGUUCACUUUUUUUCCAGUUUCUGCUGCUGCUCGGCUGCCAUCACACUAUGGCUGUCUGAGGAAAAGUGCAUUUUUUACGGUUAUCUCCAUAGAUCUUGAGAGAUGGAAAAGGAAGGGAAAACCUCUAAAGCCACAGAGUCGGACUUUUUGCUGCAAUGGGGGAACAGAAAGAGGCCUAGAUAUUCAAAGUUGAAUAAGGACGCAAGCUUGAGCAACAACAACAAAUCGUCGGACUGUUUGAGGAAGAAGAAAAUCACUUCUCGGGCCACCGAUAAAGAGUCUCCGGCUCCUCAUCCACUGCCCAAUCGCAUGGACAAGAGUUCAGCUUCGCCAAUGAAUAGUAGGAAGCUAUUUGUUACUUCACCGGAGAAGGAAGAUCGGUACUACACAACAAGGGGUUCAUUAGGGUUGGACGAGAAUGGGAAGGUGUUAGGAUUAGAUUAUCCUGGUCCUGCAAGGGAUGACAAAGGAAGCCAUGCUUGGCCAAGGUUAUUUCUAUCAUUGUCUAGUAAAGAAAAGGAAGAGGAUUUCAUGGCUAUGAAAGGGUGUAAGCUACCUCAAAGGCCCAAGAAAAGAGCAAAAUUGCUCCAGAAAAGCCUACUUUUGAUUAUGCCCGGUGUAUGGUUAUCGGAUUUGUGCCAGGAGCGGUAUGAAGUGAGGGAGAAGAAGACUUCAAAGAAGAGACCCAGAGGAUUGAAGGCCAUGGGAGGUAUCGAUGGCGAAUCAGAAUGAGGGAAACAUGUGAACAAAAGGCAAGAAGAUGCAACGAUUUUUGAGUAGUUAGGACUCGCGUAUGGUAAAAGAAAAAUUGAAAGAAACAGCGUGAUCUCUCUUCCUUUGGUUUGUCUAUGUAUUGCUAACAACUUGAUUCGAGCAUAUUGCUAACAACUUCAUUCGAGCAACAGUCUAAUUAACUUAAAACUCUUGGAACUCUUGGAAA